AUGAAUCCUCCAUAUCAGCCGCCCGGUCCACAGCAGGCCUUUCCGAACCCGAUGCCACCUCCAGAAGGGCCUCCCAACUACCAGCGCUCGACAUCUUCCCAGCUUCAGCUCCCAGCACCUCGGCAGUUGCUUCAGUACGCCGACUCUUAUCGCCAUGCCUCCUCUCAGAGCCUUCAGAGCCAGCCGCGUCUUCAGAGUGUAUCUGCCAGCCUUCCUCCUCACCAACCAAGUGCCCCUCCGCCCCCGCAGCCGCAGCAUUAUCAGCCGCCUCAUCCUCAACAACAGCACCAGCUGCCUGCCAUAAACCCCAAUCACGCUUCGAGAAGGGGGAGCCAUGCAGAUGAGGCGACACUUGCCCCUGCAAAUACUCCCUCAAAUGAUGCUAAGCCCGCGCAGGCUCUGCUAACUCCCGUCUCCGACGUGGAUUUAGUUGUAGGUUACAAGUAUCAGCUCGAUGUUAUACAACAGCCGAAGCGAGCCCGUAUGUGUGGCUUUGGUGACAAGGAUCGUCGGCCCAUCACACCCCCACCCUGUGUUCGUCUAUCCAUAAUUGACAUUGCCACUGGUAAAGAAAUCAAUUACAACGAAAUUGACCACGCCAUGUUCGUUCUGAACGUCGAUCUUUGGAACGCUGAAGGAACAAGGGAGGUAAACCUCGUCCGCUCCUCCGCCGCAUCAUCAUCAGCGUCUUCGUCAUCGACAAAUGCACCUGGAUUUGCCCCCCGGAAUGUCGCGGAAGCAUCGCAUGGCAUGAGUUCGUUGCCACUGGGGCGCGAAGCGCCUUACAGCCAGCAACGUCCGCCCCCCAAUCCACCAGAGUAUGCUGGCCAUGCAAGCUAUCAUAACGGGAGCAACACAUAUCGUGGGGGUGGCAACUAUGCUCUCCCAUUGCAGCACUACCCGCAGCAUCACGGCUAUGGAAUGGAUCAGCCGAUGCCGCCUCAAAGCGAUGGUGGCCAUUCGCGAGCGGCUUCGGCAUCUGACGGUUAUGGCCAAGAGCCAGGGGUCAUGCCAAGAUUGAGUUGCAUUCAACUUGUGCGACACAGAAGACAAGCGGGGUAUCUGGUUUGUUCUACAAGACCUCAGUGUCCGAACCGAAGGAAAUUUCCGCCUUCGAUUUUCCUUUCAAAGGUCACCACAGGCCGAGCACCGAUUCUCGCGUCUUCUCACAGCGAGGUGUUUAGCGUUUUCUCGGCAAAAAAGUUUCCAGGCGUUUGCGAAAGCACAGCUCUCAGCAAGACGUUUGCUGCGCAGGGCAUCAAAAUACCUAUUCGCAAGGAGGCUGGCGGCAAGGGCGAUGAUGAAGACGGCUACGGCGACUAG